CAAGAAAGAUCUGGAAGGUUUGGAAGGAAGGAUGAUCAAAUGUUGGUGUCCGGCGCUGAAUACAAGCGGUUGGAGGGAUGGACGGAAUAGGAAGACGACGAAGAGGAAGGGAAGGAAGGGCAGACGGGAACGGAAGAAGAAGAGGGCGGAGUUCUUCGACAACGAGAAGGUAGUGAAGUUUGCCACGAAAAUAGUGACAGGAGCAGCUAAGUUGACUGAAGUGAUCGUCGAGAUCAAAGGAAAGAGCAGACGGGAAGUGAUAUCAAGUGGUGGAAGAAUUUGGGCCGAGGAUUGGGGUGUGAUUAAAAGAAGAUUUGGAGAUUCUGAUUUGCAGGUGGGAGAACUGAAUGUGAAGUUGAAGAGAGCUAAAUCCUAUUUUGAGGAAGGCGACCUGAUAAGGUUUCUACGGGUGCGAGAGAGGAAGCCACGCGAUCCGAAAAUGAAGAAGCAACUUCAUCAGCUUUUGAAGUGUCCAUGGAAGAAAAAGAAGUUAGAUGAGUUGGGGUUGGAGGAGUUAUCAGUACUGUUUCAAAACAUUAAGUCCUUUUCAAGGAAAGCGACGAGGAAGUCUUUGAAGACUGUAUUGGACGGGGUGGUGAAAAGGAAGUUUAACGUUUCAUUUCGAAGGAGAGUAGUGGUGGGAGCCAAGUACGACGAAAGGAUUCUAAUGGCCGAGAUUAGGAAGACUGUUGUAGGGAAGAUAGUGCAAGGGUGUCGUUCGGAAACUGAAGCAAGGAUACGCUGUCAGAAGCUUCGCCUCGUCUGGCGAAAAAAACAGACUGUCGGAGACCUUCUCCACAACCACCGACGCAUGAGUCGUCAGAUGGAAUCGGUCUGCUGUUGUGCAGGCCUUGACCUCCCCCGUCAGGGGGAACACGUGUCCUUUCGCCUAAGUUCCCGGUCAAACGUGGACCCGAGGGUUAUGAAUUCGAAGAACGUUAUUCAGGGUUGUGAUAGCCGUGACGACGAUCAGAAGUUGUGUCCGGAGAUGAACAACGAGAUGGUGAAAAACGGAAUCGAUUCCGUAUGGACGAUACAAGAAGCAAGGAACUGCAUGAGGGAAAGGAAGGAUCGUAAGAAUGGCCUGCUCGACAGUAUCGAGGAGGUGAAGGAGAGGUGGGGCGGCUUGGUAUUUUGUCCACUGGAUAAGAAUUCUGCGGAGACUUUGGUCUUAUACCCGGUUAGUUAUGAGUCAGGAAUGAGGGAGAGUUUUUGGGGGAAUGACGCGUUUGAAGCAGUUUGGAGGGAGGAGGAGGUGGUGAUGGCGAGAGCCAAGAGAGACUACGAAGGAAGAGGGUUGAAGAAGAUUGGGAAAUGGAACAAUCAAGGUUCCUGGGGCAAGGCAUAUAUACUGCCGAAGCACAAAGCCUCAACGAAGUCUCACCCGAUCUCGCCCUCAUUCAACGAGCCUGCAAAAAUGGCAAACCAAAGGAUUGCCAAGGCUUUGAAUUUCCUUUUGAACUCUUUGCCGGUCAACGAUCAUUUCAAUUUGAAGUCCACGAAUCUGUUGAAGAGUAAGCUUGAAGGAGUUAACAAAUGGGCCAAGAAGAGAAAACAAGGGGAAAUCAUGGGGGUAGCUUACGACAUUAAGGAAAUGUUUAGUAAGCUACCUCAUGAAACGGUGAAGCAAGCAGUGAGGUGGAUCCUCACCUUCUUUGCGAAUAAAGGUCGUGAGUUUGUAUUGGUGAAGGAGAAAGAGAAGGGUGCGACUUUUGGGUAUAAGAAAGGAGAAGAAGGGUGAGUGAGGAUUGAUUUCGCCUUGAUUAAAGAGAUGGUGGAACACGA